AUGGAGCGACCAGUGGAGUGCGCGGAGCAGGCGCGGCCAAACGGCGGUCGCGGUGGCAGGAGUGACAGCCCAACUGACUCUUUCGAGCCAGCUCGUUUAUUUUUUUGGCUUGGGAAUCUUUUUCAGUGCCGGUUGGAGCCGGCCAGCAGUAGCAGUAGUCCGAUGUUGACGAGCGGCUCGCCGGCGCGGCGGCCGAGCCGGUACGAGUCCCAGAAGCGGCGGGACUGGCAGACCUUCACGCGGUACCUGGCCGCGCACCGCCCGCCGCUGCAGCUCCGCCGGUGCAGCGGCGCGCACGUGCUCGAGUUCCUGCGCUACCUCGACCGUUUCGGCAAGACCCGCGUGCACGCGCCGCCGUGCCCGGCCUACGGCGGCCGGGCGGCACCGCCAACGGGACCGGGCCACGCGGCGUGCCAGUGCCCGCUGCGCCAGGCGUGGGGCAGCCUCGACGCGCUCGUCGGUCGGCUCCGCGCGGCCUACGACGAGGGCCACGGCCGCGGCGGAUGCGGGGGCCAAACGACGACGCAGCCCGAGGCCAGAGCCACCAGCACCAACCCGUUCGCCGAGCGCGCGGUCAGGCUGUACCUGCGCGACGUCCGCGACGCGCAGGCCAGGGCGCGCGGCAUCUCCUAUCACAGGAAGAAGAAGAAGCGGACCAGGCAGGGCAACAAGGUCGCCUCCUCCGCCUCCAAGAACGGCGGCGCGGACGCGGCCUGCAACGCCGGCGGAUGCGCGCCCACGCACGGGAACGACACGGUGUUCAUGGCUACUGCGGCGCCGCAUCCGCCCCCGCCACCGUAUCUCACCGGUGUGCCGUUCGAGUGCUGCGACUAUGGCAGCGUCCUUGGAGGAGCUAGUACGAAUGGCGCAGGUGGCUGCUAUGACAGCUUCUACUUGCCAUUGCUGUUCAACACAUUUGGCUAG